GGUGAGUCGGCCAUUGUACUUUCCCAGCCCCCCAAUGUGUGUGCAAGUUUUGGCAUGGGGUGGAUUGACUCGACCUGGCUUCGCUCAGGCCACAACUUGGAACUGCUUGGAAGUCCAGAGAUAUACACUGCAAUCAACAAUUAUCGUCGCUGAACAGAUUGAAAUGCUGUUCUUUCAUAGCCGCCGUGUUCCACUACCUUGGGAAGUAUGAUGAAUCAAAUCAGAUUUUGGACGAUGUUUUCCUUCGAAUGGACCGAGACAGCAAUAUCCAUGCCGAAAAAGUCAGGGGUAUAGCUCAUUUCCUUCGUGGAAAGAAUCUCCUAGCACAGGGGUUUGGGAAUGAAGCUUAUUGGGCCUUUUCAGGGGCUCUCCAUACUCCGGGCUAUUACAUGGAGGCUCAGCGGCUUCAAAGAGAAGCGAUUUACAGCUGCGCAAGAGCGAAUCUUACCAACAGAAUGAGAGCACUCGAGAGCGAGCUACCUGAGCCGGGAAACUCUGACGACAAUUAACUAGGGCCUAUCUGGGAAUAUUUCAUUGGUAGUCAAUUGUCCAUCACUGGUGCGGAGGUUCUGUCAACUCUGCAUUUCCGCAGUAAGAUGUCAGAGAUAUUCAUGACUUCUUUCCCCUAUACUGAUAUCACUCAACCCCCAUUCUCGACUAAUCACACUAGGCAGGAUAUCGGUAAAUAGUCUUUUUCUUUAAAGCAAUAAUAGAAAUCAAAUCAAUUUAUU